CUAGUAGCAACUUUCCUUCAGCGGGAAACAACAACAAUCGGACUCCACCUCGAACCAACCUGAAUUGAACACGAAUCACGACUUCACGAAUCUUGUACAUCAUAAUAGCUUUACAUAUACCCAAUCAACCAAUUCCCUUGUCGGCUGUGCCUCGACAUAUCAUAUCCUCGGAAACUCAGUCGCACGGUUUCGGGUUGCUGCAUGAACCGCGGCGCUAUUUACUUUGACUUUUUGUACAAACAACGCUCGGCCCUUAUUUCGAGAUGCGGAAGACUCCUCCACCUCAGAAUUUCGAGAUUCAUGUUGAUGCUUCCUGCUUAUCGGAUAACGCAGAGAACGACCCAACAAUGUCUGCAGAGCGCAUUCCAAGCAACGAAAGUAGUCAGACUGUUGUUCAUCACGAUUCCUGGACUGGAGAAGACUUGAAGAGCGAAGCACCGGUUGCAAACGAGGAAUCCGAAAAAGCCAAUAUUGAACACGAGACACAAAUCGAAGAGAAGGAAAACAGCCCACCUUCUGCCGAUAUCAACGAGGAAGAGGACACGAAAGAACCAGAGCCAGAGAAAGAUAUCUUCGAGGAGAAGCAAGUAGAUCAACCAACCGACGAGACUGUGGAGCCAGAGCCCACAGAUGGAGAGGAAGACAAAGAACGAGAGGCACGAGAACGGCGUAUGGAACGAAUUGAAGCAGAAAUUCAAGCUGCUGCACGAGCUGUAGUAGCCAACAUCCAGAGCGAACAUUAUGACGGAAACGAAGAUUCUGUUCUGAGUGCGCAAACGGACGAAAGCUACGAUCAAGAUGGAACAGAGCUCACAUAUGAUGGGACGGAAGUGUCUGUUGAGAAUGGAGGAGAUGACUCUUUCGUCACUGAUCAUGAUGCUACAUCAGAACACCAUUCUGAUCAUGAAGGAGGAGAUUCUAGCUCCCAUCAUGAUGGGGAUGUGGAUGAUGAUGUUUUCAGCAGUUCAGAUCGAAGCAAACGAAGUAGCAUGGAUUCUCUACACAGUUCCAACGACAAUCAAAAACUUCUGACAUCUCCAGCGGUCGGAGAAGAAGCUGCAUCUGCCAACGAAGGAGAACCUAUUUCCAGGAUACCCAGUGUAGCUUCGUACAUACAUACACCUCGGCCUCCCGGAGACCACACACCAAGCAAGGUCCUAUCACGACCUCCCUUCCGUACACCUUCCUCCGUCCGAGCAAUGCAGAUGUCGUCUCCCACAGCAUCUCUAUUCUCCUCACCACGCUCAACCAAACGACAUCUCCCUACAGUCUCUCGUAUUGGCACACCUAAUUCUCAAUACUCCCCUUCGAAGCGAACACCCACAAGAUUGAAGCCGAGGAAAGCAGCCCCUCUUGUGCUUCUACACGUCACAGUCCUGCCCCUACAGUGGCCAUACUCGUAUCUCAUGUCGCUAAAUGAUAUCCCUGAAUCUUUGCAGAAUGUGAAGGAGAGCUGGAAAUUGUUGCAAGACAAGGUUGGCGACACGGUUCUUGAACGUGGGAUUUUACUCUCGCAUCCCCAAGAAUCGUACGAGGUUCUUGAAGAACGUCUUUACGAAGCCUUAGAAUUGCCUGUCCGUCCUCGAGCCAAAAUUCUGAAGUGUGGACAUUACAUGGGACCACUGGAUCCCGAAACUCCUUCAUCGGAUGAAGAAGGCGAGUACUUCGAAGGCGCGGAUAUUCGUGAUGGGAGGAAGUGGUGCGAUAUUUGCGGAAGAGAUGUUCGGGUCGAAGAGGUUGGAGAUCUUCCAAAGGGAGAAAAACGCUUCACAGUCAAGAUAUAUGCUUCGAAUGGCUUGAUGAGAGCCGGAGCGUGGGAAGCAGCUUGGAGAGAAAUGGAGAGGGUUGAUGUUGAGCUGGAACCAUUUGUUGAUGCAAAUCUACGAGCCGAGCUAGAGCAUCUUGCUGCCAUUACACCGCAAGAAGUCCACGCUGAGCAUGUGGAAGAUCAAGACGAUGGUUUCGAGGACGAGGAGAUCAUUGAGCCCGUGCAUGAUCACUCCAAUGAAAAGGAGCGAAAGAACCAAGAUGCCAGGGCACGUGAAAAAGAGGAAAUGAUUUCUCGAAUGGCGAAGGAGGAUGAGAUGAAGCAAAGAAUCCUCGAAGAAGAUGACAUAAGGAAGCGGAUGGCCGAAGAGGAAGAGAUGCGCAAUCUCAUGGCGGAAGAGCAAGAACUGAAGCAAAGAAUAGCCGAGGAAGAUGCUAUGAGGCGACACAUGGACGACCAGGAAGCCAUGAGACAGAACGAAGAGAGGAUGCGCGAGAUCUAUGGACAGGAAGCUGAACGACCACAAUCUCUCAGACGAAACUCAUCGAGAUCAAGCGUCCAUGAUGAUUCUUCGUUUGCUGAGCUUUUGCUGGCAGCAUUCAAAGUCGUCCUUCGAGACUCGAGGAACCUCGCUAUUGGUAUUCUCAGCGUUCUCGUUCUGCUUCUUGCACUUUCCGCAAAGACGACUGUCACCGAACUUCCAUUACCUAAGAUUAUGGACAAUGCUUCAGUGCCUCAGAUUACAACCACGGUCUUCAAGGAAGCCCCAACAACUUCCGCUCAAAGCGUUCAGCCAUUUACAGAAGAAACUAUUCAGCUCUCCGUGUCUAUGAACCCCGAAUCAGUAUCUCAAGUAACCACAACUGUGAUCCGAGAGUAUACUGUGACCGAAAAAGCGCCAGUCUCAACAUCAGCUGAGAUCGUCGAAGUGUCGCCAAGCGUAUCGGUGUCGCAAGUCACAACGACUGUUUUCCGAGAACAGACGAUCACGGAACUAGCACCAGCUCCGACCUCUUCUGAUGUUGCAGAUCCCUGUGAAUCUUUGGUCUCUGCUAAGAGCCAAGUUCCAGUUGCUGAGUCUGAGGCAACAAUUCAAGAGGAGCUUGUUGAGAAUGAGCUGGCAUUGGAAGAUCAUACUGAAGCUCUCGAACCUGAGGAGGGGAUCAAGGUGGAUGAUAUCAACACACCAGAUGAUCCACUCUCCUCCAAAGAGCCGUCCAUCCUCAACGAAUACCUGACCCAAACCCCCCUCGGUCCAGAGCUCGAACCCUCCGUCGACCCAGUCGACACAGAGCACCCAUCCGAAAUCUAACCUUACCAAAAACACAUAAAAACGUCGAUAAUAGUCCCCAGUGAAGAAGUAUUUGAGCGAGCAUUGAUUGAUGUCUUUAUUUUGUCAGCAAUCCUUUUGUCUAUACUUAAUGACAUCACAUUACCUUCUUGACGCGACAUUGUCGGAAAGCGAGCGAGAGCGAAUGUAGAUAGCGAGUGUUGUGUGCGUAUACCUUUGAGAUUCAAUUGUCAUUGCGAGGGCGAAAAUUUGAAGGGUUGUUUAUUGAGUGUGUUAUUUUAUGAUUGAUGAUUGUGUUGUCGAAACAGGAGAGAAUUAAGGGAAGGGAGGAAGGGGAUAAGAGUAGAUAGUGGGAGGCAAUGGAAAUGAAAUGCAGGGUUCUUUUCUGGAUUCUAUGUGUCUAGAGUGCAGGGUGAUUGUGACUGCAGUGAGUGGAUGGCAAGUGCCACAAAGUCGUGACUAUUGAGUACAUGCCCUGUCUUUACACAUCAUCAAUUCACUAAACAAUAGUACACCAUGAA